AAACUUCCUCCUGAAAAGCUGUUUGCUGCAGUCCAGUGAUGUGGGUUUUAUUGAACGUAAUGGACUUUAUGGUGAUCUCUAAAGCUGGUCACUGCUGGAUUCCAGUUCUUGUGCUCCUGGUUCUGUGUCUCUAUCAUCCUGCUGUCCUGUGUGAAAACCUCUACUGUUACUACUGUCCUCAGACGUCCUUCAACAGGAGCUGCAGGCACAUUCUGUCUGAGUGCCGCCCGCAGGAGCUCUGCUUCACUGCCCACGGCCGGUUCGGACAUGCACCCGUUCUGUUCUCCAAAGGCUGCAUGUCGCAGAGAGACUGUGUCCGAUCCAGCAGUCAAAUGAUCCGCGGGAACAACAUUAGCUUCACGUACUCCUGCUGCGGCCGUCCUUACUGUAACUCGAGCUGGCGCUGUGAUCACAGCCUCGUGCUGCUCACGGUGUCUGCUAUCACUGCGAGCAUCGUGACGGCCGACUGGACUCGAGCUGGACUCCUGAUGCCCAGCUGAGAGAGACAUGGACCGAACACGAGGUGUUUGAAAAGGCCUUUUAUGUCAAGUUCACUUUUAACUGUGCCUCAUUAAAUUUUAUGUGUUAGUUUUAA